UGGUGGUAGGGGUUUAUCUUCACAAACCUUUCACCUCCCAUUUCUGUUGGAAUACAACCAGGUAAUCUGGUCACCCAAACUGAACUAAAAUACUGAGUGCUGAUGUGUUAAUAACGUUACCCUCUCAUUCAUUCACUCAUUACCCUCACUUUCAUUUACUCAUUCAACAAGUUAUUUAUUUUUUCCAUAUAAUCCACACACUGUUGCAGGGGCUUAGGACACAACAGUAAACAAUAUCCUUGCUUUGUGGAGCUUACAUUCUAGCAGGUGGUGACAGAAAACACAUUACAAGUAAGUGAAUGACAUAUUAUGUUGAUGUUGAUAAUUGAAUGGAAGAAAUCGAGCAGGCUUAGGAGGGUGGGGACAGUUUGUGAUGAUUGUGGUCAGAGUAGACCUCAAGGAGGAGCUGGCUUUUGAGCCAGGGCUGGAAGGAGAUAAGGGAGUGAGCCAUGUGGCUAUCAGGGGGAAGAGGGCUCCAGGCAGAAAGGACAGUCAAUGCUGAGACCCUGAGGCUGAAUGGUGUGAGCCUGGCCUGUUCAAUACCAGAGAGGCCAGCGUGGCUGGAGCAGAGGGAGUGGAGCUGCAGCAAGAGGUGCAGAUGGUAGUUCCUAUCUGACUACUUCUGGCAUCUCUAUAUAUGCAGCUCAGCUGAAAUGGCAAUUUCCCCAGCCUUGACCCGGCUCACCCUCCUUGUCUCCCUUGUUUUGGACUGGCUACAUAUCCCUUGCUCGGCUCAGUUUGCUGUGAUUGGACCCCCUGGGCCCAUUGUGGCCAUGGUCGGUGAAGACGCUGAGCUGCCCUGUCAUCUGUACCUGAAGAAAAGUGCAGAGACCAUGGAGCUGGGGUGGAUAAGGUCCAGUUUGGGGCAGGUAGUAGACGUAUAUGGAGGUGGAAAAGAACUGGAAGCCAAACAGAUGACGGAGUAUCACAGAAGAACUUCAAUUUUAAGAGAUGGUAUCACUGAAGGGAAGGCUGCUCUCCAGAUUUACAACAUCAGAGCCUCUGACAGUGGAAACUACCUGUGUUAUUUCCAAGAUGACAACUUCUAUGAAGAAGCUCUCGUGGAGCUGAAGGUUGCAGCACUAGGUUCUGAUCUUCACAUUGAAAUGAAGGGUUAUGAGGAUGGUGGGAUCCAGCUGGAGUGUGUGUCCACCGGCUGGUACCCCCAGCCCCAAAUACAGUGGAAAGACGCCAAGGGAGAGAACAUCCCGGCUCUGGCAUCACCUCUGGUUGCAGAUGGAGCAGGCCUGUAUGCAGUGGCUGCAACUGUGAUUGUGAGAGGUGGCAAUGCGGAGGGGGUAUCCUGUAUUGUCAGAAAUCCCCUCCUCAGCCAGGAAAAGACAGCAAAGGUUUCCAUAGCAGAUUCCCUCAUGGUGAACGCCCGGCCCUGGAUCGCGGCCUUCGCAGGGACCCUGCCGGCUUUGCUGCUGCUUCUCGCAGGAGCCGGUUGCAUCCUGUGGCGACAGCAGCAGGAAAAACAAACUAUAUCCCGGGAGAAAGAGGGAGCACUAGAGGACAAACGAAGGGAAAGGGCAGCAAAAGAGAAGAAACGAAAGACAAGAGAGUGGAGAAAGAUACAGUACAUGAUUCGAGAGAAGAAGUCGGCUUAUGAUGAAUGGAAGACGGCCCUCUUCCAAGCUGCCAAUGUAAUUCUGGAUCCAGACACAGCGAACCCCAUCCUUCUCAUAUCUAAGGACAAGAGGAGCCUGCAGCGGGCAGAGGUGCAGAAGGACCUACCAGACAACCCUAGGAGAUUCACUUGGUAUUACUGCAUACUUGGCUGCAAAAACUUUACAUCGGGGAGACAUUACUGGGAGGUAGAUGGGGACAGGAAGGAGUAGCAUGUAGGAGUGUGUAGGGAGGAUGUGGAGAGAAAACGUUGGAUUAAGAUGGCCCCAGGUAAUGGAUUCUGGAUUAUGGGGCUGACUGACUGGCAUGAAUAUCGUGCUGUCACUGACCCCCGGACCAAACUGACGAUUGCUGAGCCCCCUAGAAGAGUGGGGGUGUUCCUGGACUAUGAGAUGGGUGAGGUGUCAUUCUUCAGUGCCAUGGAUGGAUCUCAUAUCUACACCUUUGAGCACACUUCCUUCUCUGGACCUCUGUGUCCUUUUUUCUCAAUUUUCACAUUGGAACCCACUGCCCUGACCAUUUGCCCAGUGCUGCUGAGGCAGAGUUCUCUUGUUCCUGAUCUAGUGCCUGACUUUUCCCUGGAGAGCCCGGUGACCCCAGGCUCAGCUGAUGGCAAUGAGGAGCCUCAGGCCCAAGUAACAUCCUUGCUUCUCUCUGUCCAGUCUGGAGCUGAGGGCCUCCUCCUCAACAGCGACAAAUCACAACAAUAAAGCACCUACUGUGCCGCAUCCUGUUUGGACUUUGCUAAUAUUAAUUCAAUCACUCCUUGUAACAAUUGUUUGACUUUGGUACUACUUUAUUACCUCUUUAUACAGAUGAAGAAAACUUGGGUGCAGUAAAGUGAAUGAACUUUUCAAAUGCAGCACACCCAGUGAACGGUAGAGCUGGGAUUGGAACAACAAUCAUGUUGACAGAAUUUAAAAUGAGCUGGGUGCUGUGCUAAGUAAAUUAAGUGGAUUUCACUCAUUUAAUCUUCAUGAGAACCCUUCCGAUAGUCUGGUUUUAUAUGUGUGGAAACAGAGUAGGCAAAGUUAAGUAAAUCGAGUGGCUGCUAGAUGUUCCCCUCUGCCCUGACCACUGCACACCCUUCCUUUGCAGCUGGAUGGCCCGCAUGGGGGAGAGAACAGUGUGGCCCUGAGGGUCCUUCCCAGGGCAGCCCCAGGGUAGGGAUCAUUGUAGGUGGCUGCACCCCACUCCUCACCUUCAGGCCCUUCAUCAGAGCACUGGGCUCAGCACUCCAUUGCAAGGCUCUGUGGAGUGGCUUGGUCCACAGAGGAACUCACAGUAACGACAUCUCUCAGGACUGGCGAGAGGACUAGAAGCCAACCCUUUAGCUAAUAGCAGGACACAGACGUGCCCACCCUGUGCAUGCGAUGCAUGAUCAUGGAGCCAGAACCAAUUCUUCCUCCUUUCAAGGACUCUAGAAAGCCUAUCUAAUCACCCAAAAAGAUUGUAUGUGAAAUAAGGAUUUGGGAGGAAGGAAGCUAGAUGAACAUUGGGGAUAUUUUUAUCACACUCUGAAUCCUAGAGGAUCAGCCUUCACCAGGAAAGGGGUAUUUCUGCCUCUGAUCACUGAUUGAUGUAACUGAUGUUCCUUGCUGCAGAUGGAUGCUGAAGGAAAACCACUCUUCAUUAUCAUCAUUGUAAUUACUUACCACAGUAUUCUGUCUACGUGGUACAUGGCUGUCAAGUUACAUUGAUUAAAUAAAUCUGUUAACAAUCCUCA